CAGCUUCUCGCGGUGCUGCCCACGCGUGCCCCACUCAUACACGUGCAGUGCGUUCGGCUGAACAAAGAAGCCACGGUAACGAACGGGUGACGUCACAUCACUGGAUGAUCGAGUCUUUUUUGACGCACGUGUUUCCGUCUGGCCUCCGAACCGGGAUAGCAGACUUCCGGCGUCAGGACUAAUGAGGAGGCCUGGGAGCGCAUGUGAGAACACUAAAAGCCUUAAAACGGAGGAGGAGCCGCAGCUGAAGGAGAAUCCUCGCCGCUUCGUCAUCUUCCCCGUCCAGUACCACGACAUUUGGCAAAUGUACAAGAAGGCUGAGGCGUCUUUCUGGACGGCAGAGGAGGUGGAUCUGUCUAAAGAUCUGCAGCACUGGGAGACUUUAAAGGACGAUGAACGCUUCUUCAUCUCCCAUGUGCUGGCCUUCUUUGCAGCCAGUGAUGGAAUAGUUAACGAGAACCUGGUGGAGCGGUUCACACAGGAAGUUCAGGUGACGGAGGCCAGGUGUUUUUAUGGUUUCCAGAUAGCCAUGGAGAAUAUUCAUUCAGAGAUGUACAGCCUCCUGAUCGACACCUACAUCAAGGAUCCAAAGGAGAGAGAAUACCUGUUUAACGCCAUCGAGACUCUGCCGUGUGUGAAGAGGAAGGCGGACUGGGCCCUGAACUGGAUUGGAAACAAGCACGCCGCCUAUGGGGAGAGGGUGGUGGCCUUUGCAGCGGUGGAGGGGAUCUUCUUCUCUGGUUCCUUUGCUGCCAUCUUCUGGCUGAAGAAGAGGGGCCUGAUGCCCGGCCUGACCUUCAGUAACGAGCUCAUCAGCAGAGACGAGGGACUCCACUGCGACUUUGCCUGCCUGAUGUUCAAACACCUGGUGAACAAGCCCUCCUCAGAAACCGUCACAGAGAUCAUCAGGAACGCUGUGGAGAUCGAGCAGGAGUUCCUGACCGAGGCUCUGCCCGUCAAGCUGAUCGGGAUGAACUGCGAGCUGAUGAAGCAGUACAUCGAAUUUGUAGCCGACAGGCUGCUGCUGGAGCUGGGCUUCUCCAAGAUCUACAGAGCAGAGAACCCCUUUGACUUCAUGGAGAACAUCUCUCUGGAAGGAAAGACCAACUUCUUUGAGAAGAGAGUAGGAGAGUACCAGAGGAUGGGGGUCAUGGCGGGCCCCACAGACAACACCUUCAGGCUGGAUGCUGACUUCUGAGCCUGCAGGGGUCAUGAAGUGCAGUCAGGCCACAGUGUGCUGGGAUGUGCACUACAUCCUUAGUGCAGCUUCAGAGUCUUAAACUAAAAUAUCUGCUCUUAGAAUAUUUUCCUUUUAUUCUUUUAACUUCCAUUUGUAAUAAAGAAUUCAUUGGUUUUAUCAGUU